AUGUAUCUGCUGAGGGCAGCAUCCAGCUUCAUUAGGACUCCAAAGCAGAUUGUAACGGUGUCUGGUCUCAGGUUUUACAGUGUAGCAGCCGGAUCAAACACUAAAGUCAAUUACAAUGUUGGAACGAUUGGGCAUGUAGAUCAUGGAAAGACUACUCUUACGGCAGCUAUUACUAGAGUGCUAUCAAAGAAAGGUGGAUUAUUAUUUUGGCUUUAUUAAUUUCUUUAGGGAAAACGAAAUUUGUUAAAUUCGACGAAAUUGACAAAGCGGCCGAAGAAAGAAAGCGAGGAAUUACAAUAAACAUUGCACAUAUAGGAUAUGAGACAGAGACCAGACGAUACUCUCACACAGACUGUCCCGGACAUCGUGACUUCAUAAAGAAUAUGAUUUGUGGGACAGCUCAGAUGGAUGCGGCCGUUCUUGUGAUCGCGGCGACAGAUGGAGUGAUGGCACAGACAAAGGAACACAUUCUAUUGGCAAAACAAAUCGGUUUACAGAACAUGAUUGUGUUCAUAAACAAGAGUGAUCUUGUAGGUGCAGAGGACCUUGAGUUGGUUGAGCUUGAGGCUCGGGAAUUGCUUUCUGAGCAUGGAUUUGAUGGUUAAGUUUUGUUAUAAUUUUAUAAUUGCUUUUUACUUUAGGAGAACACGCUCCAGUGGUGAAGGGAUCCGCGUUGAUGGCAUUGGAAGGACUUGACACAACUUCAGUUGAGGAACUAUUAAAAGUAUUGGACUCGCUUCCCGAGCCGGAACGAUCAGAAGUAUGCGUUUUUAUUGAGGGCCUUUUUUACAAGGGAAGUACUUCUAUUUGGUAUGGAGUUACAGGUCGAGACAUAUAUAGAAAAACAGCAAAAUUUUUCUGGUUCAGAAUAUGUAAAAAUUAGCUGCCUAAUUUUGGUCUAUCAAUAACUUUUAUACAGGGUGCGCCAAUAAAAUCUGGACAAAACUAAAUUCCAUAUAGCCUUUUUCGGAUGGCCUGAGAACGGAAACUUUUAGCACUUUUAGAAAGGGUAACAACCGUGCUAUACAGCAACGGUAAUGACCAGGUCGAUGCCUAUUGCAAGACUGAAAAAAUAAUCAAAACUUUUUGGAGGUGCAGAAAUUUUUUUUCCCGAUGAUGACUGGGAUAUUAAUUCUUCCAUUAUUUCUGCUACUGGUUACUGACGUUCUUCAAAUUUAUUGUAUAUAAAGUACGUGCUGUUGUCUUUGUAACAGCCUACGGAACCAGGGUUGGUGUCCGAUCUGGCGGCGCUGGUGGCGGAAACAAAAAAAUACCCAAAAAUUUGGAUUUUUGUGUUUUUAAGGAUCUCAACGCCAGAUUAUAGGUCGUGUUGCUCCAAAAUUCCGUGAUUACAGAGCGUAUACAUAGCCAAUUGUUAUAGUGUAAAAGAAAAUCCGCACAUACAAGGGGACAGUUUCUGCAUAAAUAAAAGUUCAUGGGGGGAAUUCAAGGCACGGUCAUUCGGAACUUGAAACGUUUUGGCAGUUUGCAACAAGUAUGAAAGGCCUUGAGCGUAAAAAUCAACAUAGAGUUGUAUACUGGAUACAUGCUGAUGUAGCCAAAUCACUUUUAGAAAUAUCUAGUCCAAGCUCGCUCGAAUAGCGAGGAUAUAGUAAAUUAUGCCCCUACAGCCACUAUUUCAUCCCCAGAGGCAGCAGAUGGAAAAAUCCUUUUUGAAAGGCGACUAGGCUGACUCUGGUUAUCCUUACAAAAGUAGCUCUGGUGCUUAACAUGUUUGGAAUCACACAGGGAAACUUCUACAUAAAAAUCUUUGAUUUAACGGAAGUUCUCGGGAAAAGGGGCCCGUUUUUAAGCCAACUUUGGCGAGCUGUAAAAAGCCUAAUUGUCAUAAUGAGGCAAAAUCAAUUUCAGUGUAUAAAAACAGACCGGAGCUCUAUCAGAAAAAGUAAAUUUCAGCCCAUAGCAUAAAACGGUAAAGAUAGCGCAACCAUUUUUUGACCAAUUUGGGGUCCGUGUUUCAGGCGCCUUAGGUGUAAGCACUUAUAAUGGCAAAACAAGUGUCGUAGACGAUUAUUUUGUCUGAAACUUUAAAGACAGCUUCUUGGACGUAUUACACGUAUCCCCAAUCGCUCACUUUGUUCUCGUACUGUUACAUCCCGCAGGGCAAGCAAAAACAUUAGUCCAGAUUUUAUUGGCGCACCCUGUAAAUGUAUUUCUCGAGGAAAAAAAUCCGCGGAAUGGAAAACGCGCUCGAUCUCUUCGGAAGAGAGCGGUGUGGCCGAGUUGUUAGAACGCUGGAAACCCGAUAGUAAUCUACCCACGGGUUCUAGCCCUUGUUGGCGUACAACUACCUUUUUUACAUUGGAACUGCUAUUAAGAUGCAGUCUUAAUCAAGUUUGAUACUUUAAGUCUUACCAAGACAACAGAGUUUAUUUUAGCUCAAAACAAAAAAUUUUAAUUGGUAAAGGCUUGGUCAAAAACGCAUUUGCGUGGUGUUGCGAGAAAAGUUCUGAGGGUUUUUGUCACCCUUACAAACCAAAAUUGGGCAGCUAAUUUUUACAUAUUAUUUUUCAGCAAAUUUUUUGAUAUAUGUCUCGACCCGUAACUCCAUACCCCAUAGAAGUGAUUUCCUUGUUAGUAAAAUUUUCCAUCAUAGGGGACGAAAUUAGUCACAUCAAACAUAAGGGGUCAUUAUUUCGGUAAUUUUUAUAUUUUCUUUUGAAUUGACAAUUUCUGGUUGCAGGAUGCUCCACUUCUCAUGCCAAUCGCAUCUUCUGUUCAGAUCACGGGCCGUGGAACUGUGGUAGUUGGCACUCUCUCUCAGGGCAGAUUAAAGAAGGGAGAACAAGUUCAAAUAAAGGGAUUCGAUAUGGAUUCUACAUCAGUGGUGACUGACAUCCAAGUAUUCAAAAAGAGUGCUUUACAAGUGGUGGCUGGUGAUCAUUGUGGCAUUUUAUGCAGAGGGUUGAAGGCAUCUCAAGUUAGACGAGGGAUGUGGUUAGGAAAGCCUGGGACGAUCCUUACAAGCAACGUCAUUAAAGCCAACGUCUACUUAUUGUCGCCUGAAGAGGAUGGAAGGAAGACUGCGAUUCGUUCCGGGUACACUGAGCGCGUCUUCUGCUCUACUUGGGAUGUUAGUGCCAAACUUCAUUUCAAACAGGAGUUGUUGAUGCCUGGGGAACACAUUGAGGCCGAGAUUUUCUUUGUAAAUGAUGUCCCCAUCAAGAAGAACAUGGCGUUUACGAUAAGAGAAGGACGAACCAGGACAGUCGCCAGAGGCGUUGUUACGGAUAUCUUCGAGCCACUGGCAAUUGAUCCUGCUUUUAGAGAUUUUAAUCUUCAAACCAUUCUUCCGAAGUUGAAAUCGAUUUACUCAUAG